AUGGCUGACAUCGAGGAAGAAGGAAUUUGUUCGUCGGUCCCUCCGCUGCCCCGCUGCUCGUCGCGUAACGGCUCCGGAGGCAGCACGCCGGGCACGGUCGGCAGUGGUCAGGCGGCCACCACCGUCGCCUCGGGCCCGCGGCUGGUGCGGAUAGUGAAGUCCGACUCCGGCUACGGAUUCAACGUCCGGGGACAAGUUAGUGAAGGGGGGCAACUACGGAGCAUCAACGGGGAGCUGUACGCCCCGCUGCAGCACGUCAGUGCCGUUUUGCCGGGGGGCGCUGCCGACAGAGCCGGCAUCUCCAAAGGGGACAGGAUUCUCGAAGUUAAUGGGGUGAACGUGGAGGGGGCCACCCAUAAGCAGGUGGUGGACCUGAUCCGGGCCGGGGAGAAAGAGCUGGUGCUGGCCGUGCUGUCCGUUCCCCCCCAGGAGGCAGACUGCCUGGACCCAGGAGACGACGGCUCGGCCCAGUCCUGCUACGACUACUCUGACAAGCAGGCCGUCCCCAUCUCCGUGCCCACAUACAAACACACCGAGCUCAACCAAGAAAAGUUUGUGGUGUAUAAUGUUUACAUGGCAGGCAGACAGCUGUGCUCCAAGCGCUACCGGGAGUUCGCCAUCUUACACCAGAACCUGAAGAGAGAGUUUGCCAACUACACGUUCCCCAAGCUGCCCGGGAAGUGGCCCUUCUCCCUGUCGGAGCAGCAGCUGGACGCACGGCGCAGGGGACUGGAGGAGUACCUGGAGAAAGUGUGCUCAGUACGGGUCAUUGGGGAGAGUGACAUCAUGCAAGAGUUCCUGUCUGAAUCAGAUGAGCUCAUCUACUCACGGUUACACAUCCACCCCCAGGGUCUGAUGGAGAGCAGCACAGACAGAACACAGUGUGUCUGUUUGCGAAAGCCUCGCCCCCAACGAGUUCCCCACAAGCUGUACGUCCAGAACUACACCUCGGCUGUGCCAGGGACCUGCCUCACCCUGCGCAAGUGGCUCUUCACCACCGAAGAAGAGAUCCUGCUCAGUGAUAACCAGCUGGCCAUCAGCUACUGUUUUCACCAGGCUGUGGAUGAGGUGAAGAAGGCCUUCAUCAAGACCGAGCAGAAAUCCUACCAGCUGCAGAAGCUGGCUGAGCAGAAGAAGAUGACCACGUAUCUCAGUUUGUUGCGGACUUGUGGGUACAAUGAGAUCAUCUUCCCCCACUGCUCCUGUGACUCUCGACGUAAAGGCCACGUUAUCACAGCCAUCAGCAUAAACCACUUCAAACUGCACGCCUGCACCGAGGAGGGCUGUUUCCAGAACCAGGUGAUAGCGUUCGACUGGGGGGAGAUGCAGAGGUGGGACACGGAUGAAGAAGGAAUGGCCUUCUGCUUUGAGUACGCACGAGGAGAGAAGAAACCACGUUGGGUCAAGAUCUUCACGCCCUAUUUCAACUACAUGCACGAGUGCUUCGAGAGAGUCUUCUGUGAGCUCAAGUGGAGGAAGGAGGUGGAAGAGGAGGCAACGGACAAGGACAAUAAGAACUGCAGUAAAGAUGAAUAUCUUCCAGCUGUUGAGGCACAGAAGGGAUGGAGGCACCUAGGAGAGGAGAUCAUCACCUCCUAACUCUACACCUCCCUCAUCAUUAGCUCUGUUCAGUUCAGCCCUCAUCCAACCCCCCACCCCCCCAGCUCCCGCCCCCCCAGGACCUGACGGCACUCGGCUAUUAACUCCAUAGUCAUCAACGACACUCCGGCAACUACGAACCAAACAGGUUACGCGCCAUUAUAAAACAAACCGACAAAAGUUAAGAAAUGACUUAAAACCACGUAACACAUAAACUCAGCGGUACUCCAUAAACUCAAACACGCGGAUUCCGGGAAGAGUCUGUCUCACUGGCAGGUACUUGGACUCGAAUGUGAUUCUGUCGGCGGAGAAGGUUCCCGAGCCUUCUGUGCAGCAGACCUAUCCGGAGGAGGAGGACAGAGAGGAUGGAGCUGGAACUAACCGGAGCAGUGAAGGCUUUCAUCCAGCUACAGGGUGCAGCACAUUCAGAGAGACUGAUCACAGAUGCUGAUACGGGUCUGCCGAGCGCCACAACAAAGGGACGCCCGGCCCCUCGCUUUAUGAAAGAGAGUGGCAGCGUCGACCUGUUUGACUGGCCGGCUGAAUAGCGGGCGUGGGCGUGUUUUUAUAAGGGUGUUUACUUUAGUCUGCAUGUUCACAGCGGGCCCGCUCCCGGCUCCCACCGGAGAGGGAGGGGGCCCGAACGGGGAUGGAGAGACCCCCUAAGAGAGUCAUGUAAACAGUAACCUUAAUCGCAUACAUUUAUUUUCUCAAGUCUGGCGCCGCCGACGUCAGCAUUUCUAAGAGAAACGAACUCAAAUUAGUGGAAACGAGAAGAAAAAGAAUCAGCUGAAAGAGAGGGCAGACCAGUUUAGUGCGCGAGACCGAUCGCUGGCGUUUCAUCCGGUCAGCGUUCUCAUCGAUAGUGAACGAUUUUUAUUGGGCGUACAAAACGAAAUGUUUGAUACGCGAGCAGGUAAUUGUUCAAGUCUAUGCUACUUUUGCACUUUAAACUUCAGUAUUAUAGUAUUUCAACUUCCAAAUGAGUAAACAAGCAGAUAUAUGACAUAAUAUUGCAAUAGGCCUCUUUUAUUUCAGUUGAAUGUCAUUUUGGACUUUAUUGAUAUGCAAGAUAAUAGGUAAAAUAGCAUAAAGGUGCAUCAUGCAGGAACUUUGCUAGAUUUUGGCAUUGUGCGUGUUUACAAUAUAUGAAAUUAAGCUCUACACGUCCUUAGAGGGCAGGCCAUGUGAAAAAAAAAAAAAAAGCACAGUCCAGGCUAUUCAGACAAAGGGGGCUGUGCUACCUUGUUGAGCAUGCUUUUCCCAGUAGAGACAGCAGGGGGCCCUCUCUCCCUGUCCUCUCUUUGUCUGACAGUGCAGUAGAUCACAGGCCAUUAGUUCGUCUCCAAGAGUCGCCCCCCCCUCCCGGAUUGCACAACAGCGCUGUAAUUUAGUGACCCGCAAGACCAUAUAUUUUUCUGGGAGCUGUACUUAGUCAUACUAUUACACCACCUCGUCAGGUCUAGAACUCCACCCAGCAGGAGUAGUAAGAUGACGUCACCUGAAGUGAAGGGCCGGCACGCCACGUCGUUUAUCAACCCGAAUGAUAUGUAGAUUAACAUGGACAUCCACCAUAUGGUUCUGCAGGAGGAACUUCCUGUGUAGCGCAGCCAUGUGGAGAGAGCGUACUGUGAGAAUACAAAGUAUGAUCUUUUCAUCUGCAGGCAGCAGAGCCCCAGAGGAGGGUACAGUCACGCUGGUGUUCAGCACCGCUCGUUUUUAACAAGGUUCGGUUGGUUUUAACGGGGGUUCAGCUGAAUGUGUUGAGCUUUUAUGAUUGAAAUGUCCAGUUCUGAAGGCUCACCAUGUUUCCCAGUCGACCGGACAAGGCCCGACCAUCGACAUGGCGGAUUGUCUUGACGUCUCAUCUGCCCACCGGUCACAUCUCUCAGCCAGCCCUCUCUUCUCUCUCAACUCUCUCUGACUGAAGACAAGUAUCAUUUGUCAACCUAAACUUUAUUUAUUUCAAUAAUAUGCGAUAUUUAAGUAAGCUAGCAUCUCCAGUUGUACAGUAUUUUCACCUGGUAGGUUUUGGCUUUUGAAGAAUCAUGCAAAGUGAAAAGACGGAAGAUGGGCAAACAGCAGAUUGUCGUGAUGUUACGUUUCAGCAUCACAAACUGGUAUUUGGUUAAAUCGCUUACUGUAAUAAAUUGUAUCAUAUUCUUUUAAAUAAACUGAUUUACUGAUGCAAA